AUGUAGGUUUUCCAUUAUGUAAAUUUAGUUGAUCUGGCAAGAUGUGCUCAAGUUAGCCAAACGUGGAUGCUACUAACUCAGAACAGUUCAUUAUGGAGUGAAAUCAAUUUUUCAUCAGUGAAGCAUAACGUUCAGAACCAAAUAGUAGUAAAUAUUUUGCAGAAGUGGCGUCCUUAUGUAUUACGUUUGAAUCUUCGAGGUUGCUAUUCUCUUCACUGGCCUAGCUUUAAAAGUAUCAGUGAUUGUAAGAAUUUGCAAGAGUUAAAUCUCUCUGAAUGCCAGGGAUUAAAUGAUGAAUCGAUGAGACUCAUAUCAGAAGGUUGCAGAGCUCUUCUCUAUUUAAAUCUGUCAUAUACAGAUAUUACUAAUGGAACACUACGACUAUUGUCAAGCAGCUUCCCCAAUUUACAAUAUCUGAGUUUAGCUCACUGCAGAAAAUUCACAGACAAAGGUUUACUGUACCUGGGCUCUGGAAAAGGCUGUCACAAGCUCAUCUAUUUGGACCUUUCAGGUUGCAUUCAGAUUUCAGUUGAUGGCUUCAGAAAUAUUGCCAAUGGCUGCAGUGGGAUUCAAGAUUUGCUAAUCAACAAAAUGCCAACUCUUACAGACAGAUGUAUUCAAGCUCUGGUUGAAAAAUGCCAACAGAUAAUGUCUGUUAUCUUUCUCGACUCUCCACAUCUUUCUGAUACAACUUUUAAGGCCCUUGCUAAAUGUAAACUUGUCAAGGUCAGCACUGAAGGGAAUAACCAAAUUACUGAUUUAAGUUUCAAGUUGAUGAGUAAAUGCUGCCCAUACAUCAGGCACAUUCAUAUGGCUGAUUGCCAGAAGAUUACAGAUGCUGGUCUUAAGAUGAUUUCACCAUUGAAGCAUAUUCUUGUACUAAAUGUAGCAGACUGCAUAAGAAUCAGUGAUGGAGGUGUAAGGCCAUUUGUACAAGGUUCUUCAGGAGCUAAGCUAAGAGAGCUGAAUUUGACUAAUUGUAUUCGUGUCACUGAUGCUUCUGUCACAGAAAUAGCACAAAGAUGUCAUGAAUUGACCUACCUACAUCUGCGUUACUGUGAAAAUGUGACUGAUGCUGGAAUUGAAGCCUUGGGAAAUAUGUCGUCAUUGAUAUCCAUUGAUAUCUCUGGAACCAGCAUCUCAGAUAUGGGCUUGAGAGCCCUUGGCUGCCAUGGAAAAAUAAAGGAACUUUCUAUAUCAGAAUGCAAAAACAUCAGUGAUACCGGCAUUCAG